GUUCUCAAGGUUGCGGCAUGGGUCGGACCUGGGCGGCGGCCGUGUUGACCUGGGCGGCGGUGGGGGGCUUGUGGGUGGCUGGCGAGGAUGACCUUCGACCCGAGGAUGACCUUCCGGCAGAACACCGAGCGGGGGGUCACCACACUGACCUCCUAUCCGAUCUCCCGUUCGCCUCGUCCGACACGUUCGUAUGGAACGCUGGUAACGGCAGCUACAGGUUCGGCAUGCAGGGAGACAACCAGUGGAGAGUUGAAUCCCGUGACGCAGAUGGAACAGUCAAGGGACGAUACUUCUACCGCACACCAGAGGGUCAAGUUGUAGACAUCACAUACGACGCCGGACAACAGGGCUACCGCGCCAGAGGGGACGCCAUCCCAGGGGGCGCUGCUCCCCUGCAUCAUCAAGAGACGCCACCGAUGGUGAUCCAACAAGGGAUUGAGACGCCUGGUGAAGUGGUGCCGACGGAUAAGGAGUUGAUUGCUGGAGAGGUAGUGGAUCCUUACGGUGCACUGCUUUAUUAUGGCAUGGAGGAGACGCUACCUUCUGGUGACGGCGUCAUCACCUACUCCGAUCCUGAGAACCUAGCGAUAGUGACGGAGGUCAAGUCGCGGCCACGGCAGGAGGCACCCGUGGCGGUGUUCCCGGUGGUGGCACUGCCAGGCUUCACGGACCACCUGGCAGGCCCACCCCUCGUUAAUGACUUCCCCGUUCUGCCCGUUGCCAUACCCGUGUAGACUAUUCAUGCCCACUCCACGCCGCUGGUGCCUCGCCCACGCCCCCACCAGGAGAACCCAUCACACUCGCCAAAGUAUCUAAACGCGAAACCGAUGUAGUUUAAUUAAGGGGUGGGUCAGCAGAAAUGUUAAUAGACGAAAGUUUGUUAGCAGAAUUGUCAACAGACUCCGUAUCAGUGGUGGGUCAGCAGAAACGGUGUGGCGGCGCUGGAGUUGGGACUUCAGCAACGUUGUUACCUAUAAGCUUUAAAGGGCAUUUCCUCGUUUACCAAUUCGUAGCUUGGACACAGCUGAGAUGACCCACAGGAGAAGGCUACGACGGCCGUGUGGGGAACCAGAUAUCUCUCUCUAAAGACAUCUGCCAGCUUGUGCCGUCUGGGUGUUGAGGCGUCGUCCGCCUGUCCAGUUACUGUGAUGUGUAGAAGAUAAAUAAACAGAGAACCAGAUUUUUAUUUACCUCCCUCUUUUCCUCCACGCCCCCCUUCCUUCCCUUCCCACCAUCCCUCCUUCGCUGCACACCCUCCCUCCUUCCCUUCACACCCUCCCUCCUUCCCUUCACACCCUCCCUCCUUUCCUACACACUCUCCCUCCAUACACUAACCUUACCUUCACACUUUACUGCACUCUAUCCCCACACUCACUCUCCUCUCACUUAAGAUUAUAAAACUUGAUGAUCCACUAUUCUAAGUUCACUGUUCUGUCUCGAUCAGUAUUCCUUCAAUGAUCACUUGUGUUGAUCAAUAUUCACAGAGUGAUAACUUAUGUAGAUCAGCAUUCCUCUAGUGAUCUCCCGUGAAAUCUUAACUAGGUGAUAGCACAUAAAAACAAAGCAGGUUGGGAAUAAAAAAAAGAGAGAGAAAUGAACAUAAAUGAGACAUAGUCACAUUUUUUAUUAUGAUAUUCACCGGAGAGGUCAUACAGUGAAAAAUAUUUCCAGUCUAUGACUAUUUAGAGAUUAAUUGUACACUAUGCCUUAAUUUGUCAGGGUGUGAAAUGAGACAAGCAUUAUACUGCGAGAAUAAUUCCUGCAAGUAAAGUGCCCCGGUGGCCUGGUGGCUAAAGCUCCCGCUUCACACACGGAGGGCCCGGGUUCGAUUCCCGGCGGGUGGAAACAUUCCGACACGUUUCCUUACACCUGUUGUCCUGUUCACCUAGCAGCAAAUAGGUACCUGGGUGUUAGUCGACUGGUGUGGGUCGCAUCCUGGGGGACAAGAUUAAGGACCCCAAUGGAAAUAAGUUAGACAGUCCUCGAUGACGCACUGACUUUCUUGGGUUAUCCUGGGUGGCUAACCCUCCGGGGUUAAAAAUCCGAACGAAAUCUUAUCUUAUCUUAUCUUAACAACAGAGAUCAGUGAACCAACGUAACUACACACAUCCUACAUUACAUUUCAUUCUACAUUUCUUCCUAAAGAAGAAGAAGAAGAAGAAGAAGCAGGAGAAGAAAAGACGGGGUAAACAAUGAGGUUAGGGUAGGUUAGGUAAGGCUUGUCAGGAAACAGGACAAGUGUUUGUUGACGCUAGUCUUAGUCAUGUGAUGACCCGCAGCUGGAGCUUAUGGUCAUAUGAUCGAGGCCUUCCACUGGCUUGCCGGCCCACCCCAGUAAAAAUUAAGGUAACUUUCCUAAGGAAGACAGGUGUGCUUCUGAGGUUUUAGGAGGAACUGAACUUCCUUGAUCAUGACCCAACUUUCUGGUCCAGAACAAUGAUUCUAUUAACACAAUAAAAUUACUUUUUUUUAACAAGUCGGUCGUCUCCCACCGAGGCAGGGUGACCCAAAAAGAAAGAAAAUCCCCAAGAAGAAAAUACUUUCAUCAUUCAACACUUUCACCUCACUCACACAUAAUCAUUGCUUUUGCAGAGGUGCUCAGAACAUAACAGUUUAGAAGCAUAUACCUAUAAAGAUACACAACAUAUCCCUCCAAACUGCUAUCCCGAGCACCUCCUUUAGGGUGCAGACAUUGUACUUCCCAUUUCCAGGACUCAAGUCCGGCUAUAUAAAAAUAACCGGUUUCCCUAAAUCCCUUCACUAAAUAUUACCCUGCUCACACUCCAACAGAUCGUCAGGUCCCAAAUACCAUUCGUCUCCAUUCACUCCUAUCGAACACGCUCAUGCACGCCUGCUGGAAGUCCAAGCCCCUUGCUCACAAAACCUCCCUUACCCCUUCCUUCCAACCUUUUCGAGGACAACCCCUACCCCGCCUUCCUUCCCUUACAGAUUUAAAUGCUCUCCAUGUCAUUCUACUUUGAUUCAUUCUCUCUAAAUGACCAAACCACCUCAACAACCCCUCUUCAGCCCUCUAAUACUUUUAUUAACUCCACACCUUCUCCUAAUUUCUACACUCCGAAUUUUCUGCAUAAUAUUUACACCACACAUUGCCCUUAGACAGGACAUCACAAUAAAAGAUAUAUUCACAAAAAAA